CAGGAAAUUGCUGGUUUGAUAAUUGUUGUAAUUCACAUUACCAAAUUAUUAUUAUGUGAUCUUAUUUCAAAUGCAUCUCAUUUCCUGAUUUUUCAUUGAACAAGUCUAAAAACAAAAUGAAACUCCUCUUUUUUCUCGCCACCAUAGAAAUUGUUGCAAUUGGAAGUCAGAAUCCAGAUGGGUGUCCAAUUACCUGCAAAUGCUCCCAUGACAAAAAAGUGAUUUGUAUAGGACUAGAUAGAUUUCCUACAGGUUUGCCAGACGAUAUGAAAGAUAUUGUUUUUCGUGAUUCGUCGUUCAACAAUUUCGAGAAAAAUACUUUUCAAACAUUCCAGAAUUUGAAAACCAUAACUUUUAUCAAUUCGAAUUUUACAUAUAUACACCCAUGUUCAAUAUCAGACUUGAGUAAUCUGACAAAACUAGAAUUUUCAAAUGUGAGGAUUGAUCAAAUUGAAACACAUGGAUUUUCUCACCUCUCACAAAUAAAGGAAAUAGUAAUGAAAAACGUGCUUGUCCAAAGAAUGCAUAAAUACGCUUUCAAUAAUAUAAAACACGUGGACAAGUUUGUGAUGAAAUUUUUCACUGCUGCUAAUAUGGAGAACUGUGUAUUCCAUGACUGGUCAAAUAUGAAACUAGUGCAGCUAAAAAAAGUCCAAGUACUGAACAUGAACUCAAUACCCUUCAAGAAGUUUGAUGCAAUCGAUCAGUUUGAAAUAACCGAAUGUACCUUUCCGUCAUCAAUGUGUGGACUUAAAGACAUCUUGCGAAAUCCAUCUGUAAAGAAUAUUAAAUUACAUCAAAAUGCAAUUAACUGUUCGUGUAAUACGAAAUGGAUUUUUGAAGUCGGUCGAAGUGCAAAAGAUUUAAGACUAGCGAAUAACACUUGCUCAUUGAACUCGCGAUCACAGUUAGCAACGAAAGAAGUUUUAUCUAUUGACAAAAACCUUUUCUGUAAGACAGACGAAAUUUCUGAAUGUGGUGACGGAACAUAUAAAACAAGGACACCAAGUUGUCAAGAAUUUCCCAACGAAUUCCACAACGCCGGCACACACAGACACGUUCACAUGUCUACUUUGUGUUUCGUUGCGGUUCUUUCAGUAGCCUUAAAACUGAAAGGAUAAUUCCAUAAACAAUAUUUAACUAACAGUGUACAAUAUUAAACUCCGACAACUUAACUUUGAAAAAGUCAGAAGAAAUGGAAUAAAACAAUUAAUAUACAUCUGAUAUGGUUCAGAAACGUUUAAUUAAAUAUCCAAUUGCAAACCGUUCAGGUUAUAUGAUUUUGUUUUUAAACAGUCUAUUAUUUGCUUUAAUAAACAUUUACACGAUUAA